AUGACUGAGGAUUACGUAAACAUUCCUUCGCGGUGUGAUACACCCGUACCUAUAGCCAGAAAUGACAUACAGAGCUUAUUAAAUGAUUCCUCGGACAUGGAUGUCAUUGAUGACGAUCUUAAUAAUAAAAAAAAGGAACAGUCGAAAGCGGAAAAGAGAGAAAGAGAAGAAAGCACUGAAGAAGAAGAAGGUUGGAAAGAAGUUAAAGCUACCAAAAAAAAGACUCGCCAUGAUAGUAGAAAUUCCGCGAAAGAGGAAAAAAAUGAAAUAUAUGUUUCACAUAAAGAACGUCUCCCGAAACAGUUUGCAAUGGCACGUAUUUUAAAAGAAAAUAAUAUCACCGCAAUAAGAGAAGUUAAAUAUAUAAGUCCUUUUAAAAUACGGUUUGCUUUUGAUACUGAAUUGGCUGCUCAGAACUUCUUUAUGUGUGAGAAACUAUUGGAGAGAGGGUGGAGAUUUCAGAAAGCUAUGGAACUGUCCAUCUGUUAUGGUGUAAUUAAAGAUGUAGACCUGGAAUUCAGCGAAGACGAAAUCCUUAAAAAUAUUUCUUGCCAAGCACCCGCAAAGCUUCUAAGUCUUAAAAGGCUUGACCGUCGCAACAGGGCUGAAGGAGGUUGGUGUCCCAGCGAAACCCUUCGACUGUGUUUUGAAGGUGAUAAUCUUCCGACGUCAGUUCGAGUGUUUGACAUGAAUAUUAAAGUUUUGCCGUACAUUCACCAAGUAUCACAAUGUUCACAGUGUUGGAGAAUGGGACAUGUCAGAAAAAUGUGCCCGUCCAAAAAUGUUAUUUGCCCAAAAUGUGGUGGCCAUCACGAAAAUUGUGAUACAUCAAUGUUUUGUUGUGUCAAUUGUAAAGGAAACCAUAUUUCGCUUAGUAAGUCAUGUCCAGUUUAUAAGAAGGAGAGAAGGCUCAGAGAAAUUAUGUCCGAGUUUGGGUGUACAUAUCGAAAAGCCUUAGAAUGUUACGUCCCACCCGAAAAUCAGACCCCUUCCGUUGCUAACUUCCGUCCUCAAGCCUCGGUAAGCUUAGAAAACCGUUUCUCCUCAACCCCAAUUGAAGACAUUCCAGUAAAUUCUCGGAAACCUACUUUUGCCGAAAUUAUUAAAACGAAGGCCACAAUACAUGCCAAACAAUCUCCUAACCCGAUUACUAAGGAUAAUGUUUCCUCUAUGCCUAAAACACAAGCACAAAAAAACAAAAAGAAACCGCCUAAAGAAGACUGGAUGUUUUGGCAUGCAGAUGCUGACGAGAAAGACGAUCAUCAAUUACCUGUUGAGGAGGAAGGGAAUGAUGAACGUCCUUCAUUCAAAGAAUUGUUGUCCAGACUCAAGGAAGUGAUUUAUCUGAACAAUUUAGCCACUUAUACGGACCCAGCAUGUGGCCGUCAAGGACGUGGUGGCAAGACACAGUUGAAACCGUUCAAGUGCUUGAGCUUCAGUCUCAAAAAAAGAGAGGUGGUUGGUGACGAUGUCUGCGCAACAGCUGCAGCGGCGCGCGGUCCGGCUCACGCUCGACACCCGCGCUUUUCUCUCGCACACGCGAAGUAUACGCAAUCAAUUGAAAUUCCCGCGUUCACGUAG